CGGACUCUCCCUCGGCCUGUCCACUGUAAUGGCCAAGGGAACAGCAUGGCUCUUGCCUCGAAUUGUAGGCACUUGCCGCUUCGACACUUAUCCUCAUGGUGAUUAUUGUCCAUGGACGUGGUGUGGACCCUCGCGCUUAGCCAUUGGCCUUCAAGUCCAGCAAGUGACGGGCGCCUCACUCCACAGGACCAAUCCAACACCAUCUAAAACACCAAACCUCACUCUUGAACACAUCUGCGACCUUGGAACCGCAACAUUUAUGUCGUCUGCUUUAGCGCGCACCGUGACAUGCUCGCCAACCAUCAUCAGCUGUAACAGCUCCUUCGCGUUUACGAGCUUCUCUUCCGUUUGUUCUGUUGGUUUCCCCUUCCAAUUCUGAAUAUGUGUUAAGGCAUACUGAUUGAUAGUCAAAUGGGCCAGCAGCAGCAACCGCAACAGCCGCAGCAGCAGCGACAUCACGAAAAUGCCCAACCCAGUCAGAAGCUAAAGACCGGCUGGCCAGAGGGUGCUAGUCAUUACGAGGUGUUAGGAGUGCCCUUCGGCGCUAGCCAGGAGGAGAUACGAGUGGCCUACCGCACCGCCGCUCGGCUGCUUCACCCCGACAAGGGCGGCAGUGCGGCCGCCUUCUCCCGCCUGCAGGCCGCAUGGGAGGUGCUGCGGCGGCCGGACAGCCGGGCGGUGUACGACAGGUGUUCGUACGACUACCGACAGCAG